CUAUUCAUGCACUGGAAUUAUUCCAGAUGCCUGGAAAGACACAAUAAGGAUAUACCCUCAUUCAAUGACCAUGGGAUCCCGAACGUCUACAGUGGCAUAAAACAGGAAUAUAUACGGUCUUGCUACAGAAAAAGGAGCUUCAUAGUCAUUGGCUGAGAAUUUUAGAUGAAAAGGCUGGAUGAGAAAACUGUAGAGACCAUCCCAGUGAUUGGAUGAGAACCUGAAUGAGAGACAUAAUAGCUUCCCAGCUGCUGAAUGAUAGCUGAGUAUAUUGGUCAUCUUCCGUACAGAAAUAACCUUCAGAGAGAAGGAAAGUCCAGUUCCCCAGGCCCUGAGAAUCCUUCAUGCUUCCCUGACCCUCUUGGUUACAAGCCUGGACAGUUUCUCAGGAUAGAGCCGCGUCCAGCCCACAAGACUCCAAGGAUGGUCCGGGUAACCCUGGUUCUCCUGACUCUGGCCUUGCUGGCCUCCCUCACUGCUAUCAUCAUUCUUUAUUUCCAGGUAGAGACAUGCACAGGAAAAGAGGAAGCCCAGCGGAAGGCUUACCUGGAUAAUAUUACCACCCUGACUUCAGAGAUGCAGAUGUUAAGAAGUCGUCUGGAAAACCCUAGGGUUCAGACGUUAGAGACCAAGAAGACUGGGAGUGGCCUGGAAAAUGUCACAGCAUCUAGUGCUGUCAUGGAAGGGUUAAAAGGUUAUUUGGAGACCAUUACUGGCCUCCCUGUCAGCAUCCAUCAGGUACAGACCAGGGCCUCUGGAGUGAACCCUGAGAUACCAGAGGAGGCCCGAGAGUUUGAGAGGGUCCUGAACCACCUGGAGGCCCCAUUGAGGAGGCCCUGGUUUGGAGAGAUCACUGAGACACCUGGAGCCCACGUGGAGAAGGUCUCAGCAACUGUUGAAGUCCAAACAGAUGUGAAAAUGUUAAAAGACCUUCUAGAGGCUGUUAAUGCAUCCUACAUUGCAGUGAGAGAUGAGUAUAGGACCAUCCUAACACUCCUCUCCAAGGGCUGGAAGUUCUACAAUGGAAACCUUUACUAUUUUUCCCAAAAGAGUACAUCCUGGUAUGAGGCUGAAAAGUUCUGUAUAUCACAAGGGUCUCAUCUGACAUCUGUGGCCUCAGAGGAAGAACAGAAGUUCCUUAUUAAGAGAGCCAAGGACGUUUCCUACUGGAUUGGCCUGACCAGCCUGGGUACUGACAGCAGCUGGCACUGGGUCGAUGGGACUCCCUACAAAGAGACCAAUAGCAGGUUCUGGAUAAAAGGUCAGCCACAACCCUGGAAGAUGGAAGGCAAGUGCAUGGAGAUGCAGGUCAAGCCCCUGAGCUCAUGGAAGGAGAGAGACUGUCAAGGCUAUCUCCGGGGUCUCUGUAAAAGAGCUCUGGAGAGAUUUGAGGAGUACUCAGAUGUAGGUGGAACAAUAGAACUUGACUAGGAUGCCAGUGGCCCAUCCUCAGAAGAGAAAAAAAAAAAAUGGGCCACACCUUCUCUCCUAACAUCUGAAGAAACCAAGACACUGCAGCCAGAAGGCCAGGUUCAUGGUCCCUUCUGACUUGGCAUAGGGCUUUUCCGUUGUCACUUCCUGAGGACACUUAACAUCUGAUUUAUUCAUAUUUCUUUGGUAGUCUAUAUUCCCCUCUGAGGCACAACUGUAACAUAGGGGGUGCUUUAGAAGGUCUGAAAAUGCCCCUAAUUGGAGCUUGGCCUUGAGGAGAAUAAGAGUUGAACUCUUGAUUUCUGCCGAGUCUUUCAGAACCUUGCAGGAACAGGGUGGGAGUGGGUAUAUAUUUAUGCAGAAAGGGAGAAACGGGAAUUAUCUUUAUUUCCAUUUUACUCUGAAACUCUAGGCAAAGAAUAAUUUUAGAUAAUGUUCUGGGGGACAUAAACAUUUGAAGCAGGACUUACCUUCAUGGAGCUUACAGUCUAAUAGGGAGAUGAUGAUGAUGAUAAUAAUAAUAAUAAUAGUAA